UAUAACCAACCAAACACACCAUAUUGCACUCUCUAAUAAGCCCUAACCAAAACCAUGAAUCUUUCUUCUCCUUCUCAUUUUCUCUCAUCGCCGUCCUCGUUUCCCGGGAGAAGCCAUAUAUAGCCCUUUUAGAGGUCUUUCAAUUAGGGGUUUUCGUUACCACCCUCCCUGUUUAUGGCGGCAGAGAAUCGUAAGGAUCGAGGCGUUUCCUCUGAAGUCUCGAUUCCUUCCGGUUUGAACCGGAUCAAGACCCGGUUAGCUCCCAGACCCGAUGAAUCCGCCGUCGUCACCGUUCCUCCUCCUCCUUUUAAUAACCGUAUUGCUCCUCGUCAACAUGGCAAAACCACUUCCAAGCAAGAGCAUAAAGGAAAGAAGUUGUCUAGGUGGCUUGCUUCUUAUAAACCCAAGUAUUCUGUGAACCUUCACAAAGAUUAUGGUUGCUCAACUAGUGAGGAUGCCAAAUCUAAAGUCAAGAACUCUCGCUGUAAAGAAGAGGAAAGGAUGGUCAAGCUAUCCGAAACUAACAAGGUGCCAGCAAUAGGUAUAAAGAGCUUUUCACAUGAGUUAGGUCCACGUGGCGGUGUUCAAGCUUCUCACCCUCGUCCACACAGCUACAACGAUCUCAAGGAACUUUUGGGCUCACUUCACUCAAGAUUUGAUGUAGCAAAGGAGAUUGUGGAUAAGAAGCUGGAUGACUUUGUUAUAGAUGUGGAAGAGAAUAUGGAGAAAAUGGAUUCAUCAUGCCCUGAAGAUCGAGAGAUGGCAGAGGAGUUACUUAAGUUGGCUCAGACCUGUAUAGAGAUGACAUCUGCUCAGCUUCGUGCUACUUGUGAAGCGAUUGUCCAAGACUUAACUAAGAAGAUGAAACAGUGUCAAGCAGGACUUGUGAAGUGGUUUGUCUCUCAGUUGCUCUUUAUACUGACUCAUUGUACAAGAGUCGUCAUGUUCCAGAAGGAGACUGAGCCAAUUGAUGAGAACUCCUUCCGGAAAUUUAAGGAGUGUUUGGAAAACAUCCCUUCUCUGGAAACACAUUGGGUUUCCAAUUCUAGAGUUGAUGAUUCUGGAAAAGGGUUGAAGAAACAGGACAAGGAGUCUUUGGAGCCAGAGGCAACUCUAGGCAAUGAUGCUGCUAGAGAAGGUUAUGGAGCUUCUAAAGAGGAGAAGAUGCCAAAUGAGCCUGGGAAAGAGUUAGGUGGAUGGGAUUCUGUAAUCUGCAGAAUAUGCGAGGAAGAAGUUACUCUCUCCCAUCUGGAACCACACUCUUACAUAUGUGCAUACGCAGAUAAAUGUGAGAUAAACUGUUUGGAUGUAGAUGAGCGCCUUUUGAAACUAGAAGAGAUACUGGAACAGAUCAUUGAUUCAAGGAGUUCAAAUUCCUUUCCUCAAGCUGGUGGCGGCGGCCUGGAAAACUCGGUCGUUCAGAAAUCUGGGGUUGCAUCUGAAGGUUGUUCUCCUAAGGUGAAUGAAUGGCGGAACAAAGGUGUGGAGGGAAUGUUUGAGGAUCUGCAUGAGAUGGAUACUGCCUUCAUAGACGAGUCUAAUACAUUUCCUAUUAACUUGAAGAGCCAUGUAGGGGCUAAAUUUUGCCAUCAUGGCACUUCAUCAUCAACUGGUAGCAUCACUUCAGUAUCUUCAACGAAUACCCCCAGAACAAGUCACUUUGACUCUUAUUGGCUAGAGAGGCAUAGUCCAGAGCAAGAGGAUCUUCAACUGAUGAUGGACCUUUCUGAUAUUGCACGCUGUGGAGCAAGCACUGAUCUCUCGAAAGAGGGUUCCUGUGACUAUUUGCUUGCCUGCAUGCAAGACAUACAAGCUGUGUUGAAGCAGAGCAAGCUCAAAGCACUUGUUAUAGAUACCUUUGGAGGGAGGAUCGAGAAACUUCUCUGCGAGAAAUAUAUGUAUGCCUGUGAUUUGAUUGCUGAUAAAAGUUCAACGGGAAAUGUAAAAGAUAGCGAAAGUGUCUCGGAGCAUGCAUCGCAAGGUUCCGCAAUGACUACUCCCCACUUUGCGCAGAAAGAAAGGACAAGCAUCGAUGACUUUGAGAUCAUCAAACCAAUUAGCAGAGGUGCCUUUGGUAAAGUCUUUCUUGCACGUAAAAGAACUACAGGGGACUUUUUUGCAAUCAAGGUACUCAAGAAGCUGGACAUGAUAAGGAAAAACGACUUCGAACGGAUAUUGGAAGAGCGAAAUAUACUAAUAACAGUCAGAUACCCUUUUGUGGUUCGAUUUUUUUAUUCAUUCACCUGCAGUGAUAACCUCUACUUGGUAAUGGAAUAUCUCAAUGGUGGUGAUCUAUACUCUCUGCUCCAGAAAGUUGGCUGUCUUGACGAUGACAUUGCUCGUAUAUACAUCGCGGAACUGGUUCUUGCAUUGGAAUACCUACAUUCUCUAAAUAUAGUGCACAGAGAUAUAAAGCCUGAUAACCUUUUAAUUGCUCAUGAUGGACACAUCAAGCUGACAGACUUUGGGCUGUCAAAGAUCGGUCUUAUAAACAACACAAUUGAUUUAUCUGGCCCUGAGUCAGACGCAUCUCCAAGAAAAAGUUCUCGUCAUUUUCAGAAGAGCAAAGAAGAAGAGAGAAUACGACAUUCAGCUGUUGGGACACCUGACUACUUGGCGCCGGAGAUUCUUCUCGGAACUGAACAUGGUUAUGCUGCUGAUUGGUGGUCUGUGGGAAUCAUCUUGUUUGAACUGAUAACCGGAAUUCCACCUUUUACAGCAGCCCGCCCUGAGAUUAUAUUUGACAACAUCCUCAACGGAAAAAUGCCCUGGCCUGAUGUGCCUGGUCAAAUGUCAUACGAAGCUCAGGAUCUGAUUAACAGGUUUCUUGUCCAUGAGCCGGAAAAGCGACUGGGGGCGAAUGGGGCUGCAGAGGUUAAGUCACAUCCCUUCUUUCGAGGUGUUGACUGGGAAAAUCUUGCUAUGCAAAAGGCUGCCUUUGUACCACAGCCUGAGAAUAUACAUGACACCAGCUAUUUUGUAUCACGGUUCGGUGAAAAGAGUUGCAGUGAUUCUGAUACUGACAAGGAAAGUGAAUCAUAUCCAAACUCAGGAGACGAGUUGGAUGAAUGCACCAACCUGGCCGACUUUGAUUCUCCACCUUACUAUCUCUCCUUCAUAAACUUUUCUUUCAAGAAUUUGUCACAAUUGGCUUCGAUCAAUCAUGAUGUGUUAUUGCAAAAGGAUCCAACCAAAGGAGGAGGAGCCUCACCUUUUAAUGGCCAUGGAACGUAGAGCUUUGGUACAAUCGUCAAAGCGGGCUUUAGUCAGCGGGUUGGUCUGGUUUGCACCUGCUUUGACGUUUGUAGCUGCUGCUGCUGCAACUACUCUCCCUUUUUUUUAUACGCGAGUUCGUUACCUUAAUGGUUUAGGGUAACUGUUUAUGCAGUUUUAUCAUAAAAUCAUUUGGAAUGGUUUCAAAUGCAAAUCUCAAAGCUAAUUAAUAGUGUGGCAACAAAACUGGCAUACCCGCCCACAGCACAUAUCUAUUAGAUACACAUUUGUAUUAUUAGAUUGGUGUAUAUUUGAGGGUGAUGAAAAUAAAAGAGAGUUUUUGGUUACUGAAAA